AUAAGCUUAAUGUGCUUGUAGGUUUUUGUCAGAACGGGCUGUGCUACUUAGCGGAACACUGCGGCCAUGCGACGCGCCGCGCUGCACGCUUUAGCAGCGUGUAAUGCCGCAGAGGGACCUCUAACUACCCCUGUUUCUAUUCUACUUCAAAAUACUUAUAACCUGAGUAUUGAAGCUCGCCAGGCCUGGUCGCGGGAAGCAUCAUCAUCUAUUCAUACUUCGGCAGCGCCGCAUUCCGGGCACGGACAGCAGCGGAACCAAUCACGAAAAGCUGGUGGCAGCGACGGAUCUGGAAGCCAUGCGCGGAACCAAAGCGACCGUGGUGGAGGCUCCCAUCAGCACGGCGGGCGCGGUCGCUGGCAAUCCGGCGGUGGUGAUGGCGGUGCUGGUGGUGCUGGAGGACCUCGGGGCCCUAGGCGCACUGACUCCCGGCCAGCAGAGGGUGCCGGAAGAGCAGGCGGGGUCGCAAACGCAGCCGGCUCAGCUUUGCAGGCCCAGCCAGCACGUCAGCGCUGGGACCUCGCAACGCAGAACGCGCCACAGGGCUACUUUGGCCUCAUCGGAGACCCGCGCACCGGUAUCGCGGAUGACAUGACCACCAAUCCCUUUGGCGAGGUGACGGUGGACAUGAUCCACCACCAAUCUAAGAACGAGGUGUACUGGUUCAAGCAUGAGUUCGCGGGCGGGCGCGCCGGCUCCCACCGCGACGCUCGGCUGUCGGACUACACACGCAACCUGAUCUACCUGUUGAGGGCCAAGGACUCCAAGCGGUGGUCGAUCCAGGCGCUUGCUGACAAGUUCCGCAUCCGCAAGCAGCGCGUGCUCGCCAUCCUGGCCCUCAAGGAGCUGGAGGCUCAACGUAUCGAGGAGGGCAAGCUGCUGUCGGGGCCGCUGGCCGCGUACGCGCUGCCCGUCAACACCGCCGAGGCGCAGCUGGGCCGCCAGGCCGAGCCGGGGCAGCAGCUAGGGGCGGCUGAGGAGGCGCAUGUGGAGGCGGUGCUGCCGCGGGUCCUCUCCGCUACCCAGCAGCUGCAGAUGCAGCUGGUUGAGCUGCUGUCGGCGCACGGGUACGACACCGCCCACAUGCGCGCCGGCCUGCUGGCGGACCUGCAGGCGGCGGAGGAGCUGGCGGGUCGCACGCUGGGGGGCAGCGGGGAGGCGGCGGAGGGCAGCGGUGCUCCCUACCUGGCGGCGGAGCUGGGGACGUACCGCGCGGCAGUGGAGGCGGUUAUGGCGGCGGUGGAGGAGGUGGUAGCCGGCUCGCCGCUGCUGAUGGAGGAGCGGCAGGUGGCGGCGCUGCGUGCGGCGGUGGAGGCGGACAUGGCGGGGGCUGGGCAGGCGGGGGCGGAGCAGAACAAGGGACUGCAGGCGCUGCAGGCCGCCGACGACGCCUUGAUGCAGCGCGUCUUCUUCUCGUUGGCGCCCUCGACCCGUGGGUCGCUGUUGCGCCUGCAGCCCGACCUCUCCAUCCGUCUCAACGCCCUAGGCGUGGACCUGAUUCGCUCCGCCAAGGACGCUUCCUAUAAAGGCCCCGGCACAGCAGGCCCCGAGGCCGCUCAGCCGGCGGCUGCGGAGGGCUCCUUCGUCCCGCUGCAGCGGCUGCCGGUGGACGUGUUCGGCUUCCUGCCGGUGGCUGAGGGCAAGCUGGAGGCGGUUGCGGCGGCUGUGGAGGCGCUGGUGGGCGCGCAGGCGGCGGUGCGGGCCAAGGUGGCGGCGCUGGACCCCGCGCUCGCCAGCAGCCAGAGAGCCGCCCCUUCCGCGGCUGCCCCUUCCGCUAGCGAGCUGCGGCAGCUGCGGCAGAUGGCCGCGCAGUACGCGGGCGCGGAGGCCAUGUGGGCCGACCUGAUGGCGCCGCGGGUGCAGGAGGGCAGCCGUCCGCCCCGACAUGCAGCCGUGCCGGCGGAUAAGCUGCGUCGCCUGCUGGAGGUAAUGGCCGAGGCGGACCCGAGCGCCGUGUCGCGCACGCUGCAGGUGGAGGCAGCCAUGCAGCUGCGGGCGCGCAGGGCGGUGGCGGAGGCAGACGCGCUCACAGCAGGCGUGGGCGCCGCGGCGGCGGCCGCGCUGACGGCUUCCGGCGGCACCGCGCCCUCCACACCCGCCGAGCGCGCCAGCUGGGACUCGGUCGCUGCCUACCUGGACGUCAAGGUGGCGGGCCGGGUGUACGGCACCGGCAGCGGGGAGCGGCACGUGGCCCGCUUGCCCAGCUACCCGGCCUUUGAGGGCUACAGCCUGGAGGAGUUUGACCGGGCUACCGAGGGCGAGCUGGGCGCGCUGAACCGGCAGGUGGCGGAGCGCACGGACGCGGCCAUGUACGAGCGCUUCCGCAGCGAUCUGCUGUACAACCUGGGACUGCGCGGUGAGAAGCUGCGUCACGGCGAGGCCGGUCGCCCCGCCUGGCCCGCUAACCUGAACAGCGUGCUGGAGCGGCCGGUGGUGGUGUACGACAUCGCGGAGGACGGAGCCACCAAGUACCCGCCGCUGUACGUCGCCAUGCCGGACGGUCAGAAGCGGCCGCUCAACGAGCAGGAGCAGGUCUUCCAAGAGCGACGUGUGCCUCGCGAGCGGCUGCCCUACUACGUGAGCCGCGCAAACAGACUGGCGGAGCUGCAGUGAGGAUGGCGGGGACGGACGACGACCCACGGCUAAUACCGGACAGUGCGCUAUGACGUAGGCGUUCGAGGUGUGCGGUUCCAAUUCCAGAGGGGUGGAUUAGGCUUUCAGGUCAGAAGACGGCUUGCAAUCGCGACAAACUAAAGCACUAGGUCCUAUGGGUGCUAUCGGGCUAGAACCCCUAUAGGUGCGAUGGAAGUGUGGUAUGGGAGGUGGACCUAACUGCCGGUACCCACGAUGAUUGAGCAGUACAAAGCUGCCCAGCAGAUAGCCUCCAUAUCGUGAGGUCGGGUCGGACUCGUCUUAACUCGAGGGAUCCUGGGUCGAGCCAGCCGUCUUGCAUUAGCAGGGCGCAGUGCCAGUGUCGGAGCUGUAUUGGUCGCGCAGGCGGCUGGGCGUGGACCCAAGGACAUCCUUUGAGCCGGUGUCACAGCUGUGCAAAUGGCCCUUUCAGGCAAAUGCGGCGACACUAGUAGAGGCUGCCAGGAGCAUACAGAAAACGCGCCUGUGUUGUGGAAAAUGGCGUUGUCCAUGGCCAU